ACUAUUUUAUUUCAGUCCCACGCAAAGCCCUACAGUGGCACCGUCUGGUGAAACGCAGAACAAACGCUCUCUCAAACUGUACGUGAAAACAAGUUUCAUUUUAAUAGUAAUUUGACCUUUGCUGGUAAUGACUCGCGUUUCCUCGAUUUACCUGUACGAUGAUUAUUACCCAGGUGUUAUUUGCCUUUUUGUUUUGGAAAAAUAAUUUGUAUAACCAGCAAAGCCCCCCUCCAAUAACAAAACGAUAUACCUAAAUAUAUGAGUAAAUUGUAACGAAAAAAAUAUUUAAUUAUCAGGACUAUACGCGGUGGAUGUUUAUAACUAAACCUAAACUACAUUUCCCAGGUACCCCGUCCACUCUGUGACGCAAAAUGCUCGCGACAGCUGUUUGUUUCCAUGGAGCCCGGCAGAAGCUAAAAAGUCGGAUUAGCUAGCAGACAGCUAUUCAGUUAGCUCGUUGGUGUUUUUGUUUUGUUUGAGAAUGUCAGGCCCAACUACCGAGUAUCCAGAGACUUUGUUUUCAUUUGAGUUUUUGGUGGAAUAUAUCCGAGUCGACAAAGAAAUCCAAAUUUCCGACGAGCUUGCCCUUGGCUUACGACUCCUGGAUUUUCCGACGCUGCUCAUUUAUCAGCCUCAGCGGAUCGGUGGUGGCAUUAAGGAUCAGCAGGGAGAAUGCGCCUUUAACAAAGGGAAAUCGUGCUUCUUUAAAAUGAACCUGGACUCACUGCAUACCAAUCUAUCCGACAUUCCUCUCUAUGUUAUGGUUUUGGAUGUGAAAGAGGACGUCCCCAAACUAGUUGGUACCUCGCUCGUCUCGCUGGCCAAAGUGAUGGAGCGAAUAAUUCGGGAUGUGAACGAGCAUGGCGUUUCAAGUCCCUCAUCUCAUGGGGAAAAGGGGGUUGUUGGUUUAUGCAACCUUGCUGGGGAGAAAAUUGGAUCAAUUUCCCUGAGUUUUAAACUGCUAAGUCUGGGAGCUAGUUUACUACCACACAUCUCAAAAACAGGCCUUAAAAGCCCCCUUUUACAUCCAGGCCUCAUGGUGGAAAACAUCCCAGAACCUCUGCCUCCUGCCUGUGGGAACAUCUGCUCAGCCGCUCUCGACAAGUCUGACGUUAACAUCAACAUCCCAAAUGAGGAACCGUUAGUAAAUAAGGACAAAUGGGACAGUGGUGAGCCUAGAAGGGAAGAGAUGGAAAACAACUUCGAUGCAGAAUUAGCCAUUUUCUGUCCGCCUCACCUCUUCUACAACAAUUCUGCAGAGGUGCAAAAAACAAAGGAGGGAGGGGAUUGCGAAUUAGUGAAUCUGCCCUCUGACCCUUUUGCAUUUGAAGACACGUAUUCAGAAGGAGAGUCUAGUGAAAAUAAAAUAGAAAGUACAAGAUCUCCGGUGAUGGACAGGAGAGUAAGACAUAAAGAAACGAAGGAAAGGAACCCCGAAACGAGUGAGGUGUCUCUGGAUGUCCUCGGAGAGGCCCUGCGACAGUUACCUCUCCUGAAUGCUCUUGUUGCUGAGUUGUCACAGCUGAACGUCCAGAGAGCACAUCAGUCCUCGUCCAUUCAUCCCAAUGGCUCUUUGAUUCACAGGCCUGCUUCCACAGAGCCUUCGGCCCGGUGUGGAAAGGAGCAGGACAAGUUGUUGCAGGGAAGUAGUACCCAAUGUAAACAUGUGCGUUCCCCCAGAGACCGCUGUGCACCAGUAGUUCGGUCUACUACGUCUGUAAAAGUCCAAAACAAACGAGAGGAGGCUUUGAUCGAGAGCAGAAGCGCUCGUAAAUCCACCGGGAGGAAGCUCAUAUGUGGCACGACUAAAACAUUUAAUCUGAGGCUGCAGCAAAUCUCUCCUCUUAAAGUAAAACGUCGCGAAUGCACAGACUUAGUGCGGAAGGAAACACAGUCACGUACGGCCAGAGGGAAGACCGAGUCAGGUCACGUGUUUGGGAAGUCCGGCAAAAGAAAAUCCCAGAGCAGAGCUCUAAAUCCGAGCUCCAGUCUAAAUGAAAAAGUGGAGACGAUGAUGCAGAGCAUCGCAGCGCACUCUGCCCUACACGGAACCGUCACACUUAAACCCGGAACCCUGCAUGGGGAAGUUCAUGUUAAACAAGACAGAGCCCUCCCCAAAAUUUCACAAACACCUUCCCUUUCUGCAAGGCACUCGCGAUGUAUUCACAUCCCCAGUGGGAAUGAUGACGAUGUCGGCCAAGACAAAGACGAGAAGGAGCAGCGCAGUAAAUCCAAUCAAGUCGAGUCACAGACGGAAGCUGAGAGGCGCAGAGAGGAAAUUGAGUCUCCAGGAAGCAGCACACGCAGCAGCCCCAAAUCUUUAUUUUCAGACUCCAGCUGGGAAGGAAACGAGGAGGCGGCCUAUGCUGAUGACUUCAACAGCCUGGGGCCCAGUGACGCGCAGUCCCCCGAGCCCACGAGCAGCCCGGAUUCCUCUGGAGCCAGGACCCCCAGCCCGCCCAUCACCCAGGGCCUCGGCAACUCCGACCGGGCCCGCUUCCAGAGGAGAGCGGCCCUCCCCGUGCCCAUCAAAGCCCCGAGCUCUCCGCAGCGCUCCCUGAGGUGCACGCGCAUCAUCCGGGCUCGAACUCAUGCCUCGGCGCUCAGCUUCUCCUCCGAUGAAGGCGACAGAGACGGGUCGGCCUCCUCGCAGAGAGCGUGCUCCAGAAAAACCACCACGGCGGAGAGCGGCAGGGUGGACAGGAGUUCCGGCGCUGAGGUUUGCGUAUCGUCAGCGGGUCAAGGGAGCCAGUCGACCAGGGACAGUGGGCCAGUUCGAGGAUUUUCUGGAGAGUCGGUGUCCUCCUUCGACGCGCUGGAGGAAGAUGAACUGGAGGACGGACUCGGAUCUCUGGAUUUGAGAAAGGGGUAUCGGCAUAUAUCUGAGCUAGUGGCCAAUAAACUGCCUGGUUACACAAUGUAAAGAAAAUAUGUAGAAUUCUACUGUGAUAACAUCAUGGUUACACUAUGUCACCUAACUGAGUGAAAAUUGUGAGUAGUAUAAAUGGUUUAUAAUCCAAGGAAUGUGUAUAUGUGUAAGUUUCCCUUUCAACUUUUGAAUAAAGAGUUUUUUGUGGAAAUAAUGUAAAUUAUUUUUACGCGACUCACUGCAAAGCAUUUGACUAAAUAUUCUUAGAAAAGUUCUCACAUACUGAACUUACUGUUCUCACAUACUCCCAGCAAAGUAGUUGCUUUGAAUACCACUUGCUACUUUGCAUCCUUGGUAUUAUUUGUUCAGCAAAGACAUUUGGCAUGACACAGUUUUGCUGAGGAUUUCUGUUAUUGGGUUUCAAUGGGACAACUGUACCUUAAUUUGCACUGGGGCUAAUUCAUUAUGAGUUCUAAGUAUAUUUACUGUAAUUUAACACUUUACCAAGUCAUUUACUUACGUAAUUAAGCAGUUAAUCUCAAAGAUUUUUGUACUCUACACGAGAUGGAACUUCUUUAUAUUUAAAUGCGCUAUUAUUUUGCAAAAUAGAACAGCCUAUAAUAAGCACUGAACAACAAUGUCAUGUAAUAUGUAGCAACACAAAGUAUGUUUUAUUAUUAAAAUUGGACAUGUUCCUCCCU